CCGAGCAUCCGUGCUGACGGAGUGCCUUCCGUUGUCAGUGAGGGCUCCGACUCUGCCGUAGGCAGUGAGAGUGCCACUGUUGCCUCUGCUGCUGAGUUCGUGUCUCCUUCUCCUGCAUCUACCUCACCAAACGUCGUUUCAGAGGGACCACAACUAAACCCUCAACCCUUCACUUGUUCUGCCGUCGCCACUCUCAACGCGGCCACCUUUACCGAUACUAGCUUAUUGUCAGCUAACCCCUCAGGCACCUGGCCACCUAUCACGGACCAAACUGCAUACAGUGUAGACUCUUCGAUUACAUGGCUUCUUCCACCAAACACUUCAGGCGGCUAUUUGGCUACGGACUCUUCUUCUGCGGCAACCAUACUUGAUUCAGGAGCCCGUGUAUCUGGCGAUAGAUCACUUGGUCUACUGGAAGUCCCUGUGAUCAAAAGUCUAGUGUCGGAAUCGCCGAGUCAAGUCAAGUCAAACCAAAGCAUUGCCUUGGUAAAAUGUCUAAUGGGCAGAAGUUUAGAUUGA